AGGCUUAUUCUUGCAGAUAUGAUGGAAAAAUGGCAAGCAUAUUUUACCGAUUUUCCUUAUAUUUAUGGAAUCGCAACCAUUUUGGACCCACGUUUUAAAACUGAGGUCCUUACUAAAGUAAUAGGAUUUUAUUACCAAUCGUUAGAUCGCCCGUCUACUGAUGUACAUAAUUAUGUAGGAACAUGUAAAAAAUAUUUAGCAGAACUCUAUGAUUUUUACGCUAGUGUAUAUAACCCGAAACGCGAUAUGUCUAGGCGUGCUAGCGUUUCGGCACGUCCCUCUUACUAUAAUUCGGUAAUAGCUAACAUAAUGACUCAAGAUGAUAGUUUUGUAGGAUCAUCUUCUUCUUCCUCGACCUCAUAUUUAGAACUAGAUAGUUAUCUUAAACACCACUUUGAAAUAGACCAAAUUAUCUAUAAUAUUUUGGAGUGGUGGAAAGAAACAUCUGUUAAAUUUCCCAUUUUAUCGAGAAUUGCAAAGGAUAUCCUUGCAAUUCCCGCGUCAACAAUUGCGUUGGAGUCUGCUUUUAGUGCAGGUAGAAGAGUUUUGGACGAAAAGCGAUCUCGUCUUGCUCCACAUAGUAUUCAAAUAUGUGUUUGCAAGAAAGAUUGGGAUCAAGCGGAGAUUCGAACACAAGGACUAAGGAAUGAUGAUGAUCAAGACGACGAUGAUGAUCCAUGGAUGAUGAUGGAUACAUCUGCAUCAUCGUCAGGAGGAGAGUCAGCGGAAGCAUCUAAUCAACCACAUGAUGAUGACGAAGACGAAUAGGAUCAAUCCGACAAGCGACAACGAUAAAUCAACAUUCAACAACUAUAAAUAAAAGUAAAUAUUUCAAUAACGAUGACAACUUGACAUGCAAUGAAUUUCGCUAAUAAUCAAGUAAUCAUCAAAGGUACGUCCGCGAUAUUAUAGUAUUUUUUUAUUAUAUAAAUAUUUAAAGAAAAAAUAAAAAUGGAACCGAUGGUCCGACCCGCCCGUCCCGUGAGUUGGAACCGCC